AUGAAUCCCAGUCUUCUAUCUGGACAGGGUGAAACUCGAUUCUUCGCUGAUGUCUUCGAUCCCACCUUGGGGUCUUGGCUUACCGACGGCUUCUCGAAUGCCCAGGACUUGGAGGCCCUGGCCCUCCAGGCGAAUACAGGAGAGAUGCUGGACAUACCUCUUUUGCGAGCGCAAGAUCCCACUGGAGCACUGGAGAUGAAUUACAACUUCCAGUUCGGCUUCUUUCCCGCAACCAAUACAAACUCGACAAGUCAAGGAAACACAAGGCCGAACAGAUACUCCAUGCCUUUUCCUGCUAUGGUCGUGGAUGAUACGAUCGAAGCAUUCUUCAAGUAUGUGGCUGGCUGGGUGCCUCUUUUCCACAAACCGCGGUUUUACGCAAAGUACAACGUGCAUGGCCAAGACCCCGACAAAUAUCAGAGUCUCUCGCUGGAAGACUGCUUGAUCCUCGACACCAUUUGCGCCCUAGCCGCCCGCUUUUCCACAUCCUCGUACUUUGCCCAUCUACCUCCGAAAGGACGGGCUGAACCAUUCCUCAGUCAGGCGACGCAACUGUUUCAGGACGCUAUGAAGCUAGAUGCGGCCAUCCAAGCCAAUCUGUCGUUGCUCCAAGGAUUGCUUCUUCUGGGUUGGUAUCACCAGGUCUGUGGCUCCAGUGGGCGCUGCGGUAACCUCAUUGGUGUCUCCUGCCGAUUGGCAUACGACCUUGGACUCAACAACAUCGACCAUGACAUUCUGGAAUCGAAAGCCACAGCUCAAUGGACGUCGACAGAAGAAUGGAGCAAAAAAGAAGAGCUUCGUCGAGCCUGGUGGUUGGCUUGGGAGCUCGACAUGUUCUCGGGAACCAUCCUCAAGCGGCCGCACACGAUUGACAAGACUCACAUCAAUGUACUACUACCGGUAUCGGACGAGGCAUGGUUUUCGGACACGCGAGUGGCAUCGGUCGCAGCGAUACCCGACCCACUUCACGUGUGGAAGACGCUCAAGGACUCGCCGAAUGACGACGACAGGGCUUGGUUCCUGAUAGCGUCUUUCCUCAGGGCGUUCGCUCACGAUAUAAUCCACAGACGACACACGACCGCCCAGACCAUCCUCGACUUUCAGUCCUCCAUCACUUGCUUUUCUCUGAUCCUCCCUCAACGAUUUCACCUGUCCGCGAACACUCUCAGCUACGACGAGUCCAAUUUCGCGGCAAACAAUUGGAUCGUUUGCACUCACUUAAUCCUCCAUUCUAGUCGUUCAUCCCUUCGACUGCUUUGCCAUCGGAAGUUCCCGCAGCAUCUAGACGUCUCCCUCGAAACAUCAGCCUUGGAAGAUGAGAAGUUAGUCUGUCGCGUCAUUCGGGAAUGGGAUCCGAAUUACAUCCCGCGAACCUGUCCCCUAGUCACCACGACCCUGCUCGGCCCCGCAGCCAUCAACGCCAAAACAGCUUGCGAGCUCGCGGCAAACCCAGACGAGAGCAGACCCAUAUACCUCGAGAUGCUGAAGCUGGUACUUGGGGCGAUAGGCUCGUUUUGGCAGAUUGGGGCGUCUGUACUAGAACUUGUACAACUGCUGGAGGCUCGUCGGUCAAUUACCGAGUUGGUCAAUGCGCGCAAGAAUGACCUGGAUCGACUUCCUCUCCUUCUCCCCAAAAAUGAUGAAGAGCCCGGUAGCUGA